AGUAAGAUGAUAUGGGUUCCGGCACAGUAUAGAGGAAUUAAAGAUAGCACAAGUAUUUACACUUUAAAUGUUUUAAGGGUAUGGGAUAAUUUACACAAAAACAUGAAAUGGGAAUUUAAUUCUAUAUUAAUGCCACUUGCAAACACUGAGUAUUUCCCUCCAGGAAAGGAAGAGAUAACAGGGAGAUGGCUUAAAAAGGAAGAUAUCCAAUUGAGAGAUGUUCUGGUAGAGGGGGAACUGAGACCAUUUAAAGAAUUAGAAGAGAAGAAGGGAGAGAUUUUUAUUAGAAUAGAUGAGUGGAAAUAUCAUCAAUUAAAAUGUUUCAUUGGAAAUCUCCCGUAACCCCUGAGAUUAAAAAAGGAGUGGAAUAUGUUUGAAAGGCUGUUAGAAACACGAAGGGAUGGGAAGCACGGUAUUGCCAAAAUAUAUAGAAUACUCACAGAAUUAGACACGAACACAAAGUAAAUUUUUAUAACAAAAUGGGAAAGAGAUAUGGAAGUGGUAUUAGAUGAGGAUAAACAGAAAAAGAUAUUUAGACUGAUACACAAGAAUGUUAGUAUGAGAGAGGUGGAGAUUAAUUAUAAGUGUUUGACAAGAUGGCACAUUACACCGAGUAUUGAGCACAAGAUGAGUGGGGAGAACUCAAAAAUGUGUUGGAGAGGGUGCGGAGAGAUGGGGACAGUUUUUCACAUAUGGUGGGAAUGUCCGAAAAUUCAAGCUUUUUGGAAGACAAUAGUUAAACUGAUUAAAAUAAUAACUGGAAAUGACAUAGGAUUAGACCCAACGAUUUGCCUCCUACAUAAUGUUGAGACAUCAGUAAACAAAUACAAAGAAUCAGGCGUAUGGUACUACCUAAACGCUGCAAAAGGUUUGAUACCCAAGUUUUGGCAGAAAACAGAGGUGCCGAAGGAGGAAGACUGGGUCAAUAGAGUAAACCAGAUUGGUAGAAUGGAAAAACUUUACCAUAUGCAGGAAGACAGGAUGAGGGUAUAUUAUAUGAAAUGGGAAAAAUGGGAAAAAUCUGGAUUGAAAGAGAAAUAUAGAAAGCUAUAA